AAAACCCAAUGCACUCACUUUUCUAUUUAGAAAAUUGUCCCCACCACAAAAGCAUCACAUUCAUAUGUGAGAAGUAGUGUGCACUCACAUAACAUAACACUAUUCCAUUUUUGUGCAAGGCAUGUGAGUCCCACUGACACUCCCUCCACACUCACCUGUCGGCGCUCACACGACUUCCUCUCGCUCCUCCUUCCCUCCAAUCUCCUCACCUUUCUUCCCCGUGACACCUUCAUUUGCCCCAUAUAAAUAAAACCACCACCCAAAACCAAACCAACCCAAAAUUUCAAAACCAAAACUCAUCAUCAAAAACUUGCUAAAACCACAAAAACCAAACCAACCCAUUUCAAAACACCAUGAAAACAACCUUCUCCUUCCCUCAUUUCCUUGCUUCCAUCUUUACCCUAGCCCUAAUCAGCCUCCCCAAUUUUGCAUCAUCAAGCCAUCAUGACUACCAAGAGGCAUUGUCCAAGGCCAUCCUCUUCUUUGAGGGGCAGAGGUCAGGGUUUUUGCCCCAGGACCAGCGCCAAUCAUGGCGCGCCAACUCGGCCCUAAGUGAUGGGUGGACUUACAACACAGACUUGACUGGCGGAUACUAUGAUGCUGGGGACAAUGUGAAGUUUGGGUUCCCAAUGGCCUUCACCACCACAAUGCUGGCUUGGAGUGUGAUUGAGUUUGGAGAUUCCAUGCCUCCCAAUGAGCAAAGGAAUGCGCUUGUGGCAAUCCGCUGGGCCACGGAUUACCUGCUCAAGACUGUGUCUCAGCCUAACAGGAUCUUUGUGCAGGUUGGGGACCCAAUUAUAGACCAUAAUUGCUGGGAAAGGCCAGAAGAUAUGGACACAGCCAGGACUGUUUAUGCCGUGGACUCGCCCAAUCCGGCUUCUGAUGUCGCCGGAGAGACGGCCGCAGCUCUGGCAGCUUCAUCAGUGGCAUUCAAAUCCUCCGAUCCCGGCUACUCAGACACAUUGUUACGAAAUGCCAAGAAGGCAUUUGAGCUAGCUGACACUUAUAGAGGAGCUUACAGUGACAAUCCUGAUGUUAGAGGUGGUGUCUGCCCAUUUUAUUGUGAUUUUGAUGGUUACCAAGACGAGUUGCUAUGGGGAGCAGCAUGGUUGAGUAGGGUCACUCAGGAUAGUGGUUUUUUCGAUUACAUACAAAACAAUGGCAAAACUCUUGGUGCCGAGGAGAAUAUAAACGAAUUUGGGUGGGACAACAAGCAUGCUGGCCUAAAUGUUCUAAUAUCCAAGGAAGUCCUAGAAGGCAACAUGUACACCCUUGAAUCAUACAAAGCAUCAGCUGAUAGCUUCAUGUGCACAUUAAUCCCGGACUCAUCGUCCUCCCACAUCGAGUACACUCCCGGCGGCCUCAUCUACAAGCCGGGUGGCAGCAAUUUACAGCAUGUAACUUCCAUCUCAUUCCUACUACUCGUGUACGCAAAUUACCUUUCGCGAACCUCGCAGUCUCUGAACUGUGGCAACAUAAAUGUCAGUCCCACAACCCUACGCCAAAUUGCCAAAAAACAAGUUGAUUACAUUUUGGGAGAUAAUCCAAUGGGGAUGUCAUACAUGGUUGGUUAUGGUGACCAUUUCCCACAACGCAUUCAUCAUCGUGGCUCUUCAUUGCCAUCAAUCAAGGACCAUCCCCAACCCAUUGCUUGCAAGGAAGGCUCAGUCUACUUCAACUCCUCAAGCCCUAACCCUAAUGUGCUUGUGGGUGCCCUUGUGGGAGGUCCUGGAGAAGAUGAUGUUUAUAACGAUGAUCGUGCCGAUUUUAGGAAAUCUGAGCCAACCACUUACAUCAAUGCACCAUUUGUUGGUGUUUUGGCAUACUUUGUGGCUAAUCCCAAUCCUAAUUAGCACACAUCGAUACUUGGUCAAGAACAGGUCAUUUUUUGUUUUUGUA